UCAAACAUCUAAGUGAGUGGAAUAUCGACAAACGCAAUCAUGGCGGAAAGGGAAGAUAGACGCGUGGUUCCUGAUGAUAUCAUGAAAAACAUCGAAUUUGAGACAAGUGAAGAUGUUGAAGUCACACCAACGUUUGAUAACAUGGGUCUGAGAGAAGAACUUUUACGUGGAGUAUAUGCCUACGGGUUUGAGAAGCCGUCAGCCAUCCAGCAGAGAGCAAUAAAACCUAUUGUGAAAGGCCGAGAUGUGAUCGCUCAGGCUCAGUCGGGUACAGGAAAAACAGCAACGUUCUCCAUGUCUAUUCUGCAGUGUUUGGACACACAGUUACGGGAAACACAAGCCUUGGUGCUUUCUCCAACCAGAGAAUUGGCUGUCCAAAUUCAAAAGGUCAUCCUAGCCCUCGGAGAUUACAUGAAUGUCCAGUGUCAUUCAUGCAUCGGAGGAACAAAUGUCGGCGAAGACAUUAGGAAGCUCGAUUUCGGACAGCAUGUGGUAUCUGGGACACCAGGAAGAGUAUUUGAUAUGAUCAGAAGGAGGAAUCUUAGAACCCGAUCUAUCAAAAUGCUUAUCCUGGACGAAGCAGACGAAAUGCUGAAUAAAGGUUUCAAAGAACAGAUUUAUGAUGUAUACAGAUACCUUCCUCCUGCUACUCAAGUUCUGCUGAUCUCUGCUACAUUACCCCAUGAUAUUUUGGAGAUGACCAACAAAUUCAUGACGGAUCCUAUCCGCAUUCUAGUCAAGCGUGACGAGUUGACACUUGAGGGAAUCAAACAAUUCUUUGUUGCUGUUGAGAGAGAGGAAUGGAAAUUUGAUACUCUCUGUGAUCUGUAUGACACUCUCACCAUCACACAAGCUGUCAUUUUCUGCAACACUAAGAGGAAGGUUGACUGGUUGACUGAGAAGAUGAGGGAAGCCAAUUUUACAGUGUCAUCUAUGCACGGUGACAUGCGACAAGACGAAAGAGAUGCAAUCAUGAAAGAAUUCAGAUCGGGUGCAAGUCGAGUGCUGAUAAGUACAGACGUGUGGGCUAGAGGAAUUGAUGUCCAACAGGUAUCCCUGGUCAUCAAUUACGAUCUCCCAAACAACAGAGAAUUGUACAUCCACAGGAUUGGUCGUUCUGGAAGAUUUGGACGAAAGGGUGUGUCCAUCAACUUUGUGAAAAAUGAUGACAUCAGAAUUCUAAGAGACAUUGAGCAGUACUACUCGACACAGAUUGACGAGAUGCCUAUGAAUGUGGCAGAUUUAAUUUAACUUUCCAGAGACAAUCUCAGAAAGAACAUUGAAAUGAAAAAAUGUUUGGAUGGGUCUUUGUAAAUAUGAUGAAGUUCAACUUUUCAAAUGGUUUGCCAACCCCUAUUUGAUUUGACCCUGAAUGUGACUGGCUGCUAUUUUAGAUCAUUAUCCUAUCAAGGAUCAAUGAUCAUAAACUCAUUGUGAAUUUAGUUAUUGAGUUUAAAUAUUAAUGUCGACUUACAAUAUUUUUGUUUGCCUCUUGGGGAACUUUUUUAGUAUAACUUGUAUGCAUAAGAUUUGUGGAGGUGAAACUGACAGAAAUACCUCAGUUUCCACAUUGUCUAAUAUGUUUGUGUUUAAUCAUAUUGUAGAUACAUCUGUUUUUCUUUGCAUUAUAAAACAUAAGGGUUUUAACUUUAGUAAUACAGAAAUCAAUCAAAAAUCUGAUUGACACAAAUAGGAAAGGACUACGGCACUCUGUAAUAAGUUAAACGGGGCAGUUGGAGGUUUCAUUGUUAAAACAUUAUAAGAGGCAGGGUUUAAUGCAGAUCUGCUUAUCAUUCCUCACAUCGUUUAAGUUACUUUCUCUGAUAUGUGCAUUGAUGGUCAAAUCAGGGCAUAGGCGAGAUAUACCAAUCUGAAUGGCUUUAAGCUAAGUGAAUUUUGACCAAAUUUAGUCUGGAACAUCCUAUACCAAAGGGAACUCAAUGUUUUGGCAAAGGUGACUCAAUUUUGAGUGUGGGAAAAGAAAAUAGCGGAAAAAAUCCUUUAAAAUCUCGUCUUCCAUACCAAUGAAGGGGAUUUCAAGAAAAUUUGGCCAGGAGCAUCAUUGGGCUUAGGAAACUUAAUUUAUGUAUAUAUGGCCCACAGAGGGGCAGAACCUAAUGGAAGAUGUUAUGUUGUAUUAAUUUAUGGAGAUCCCCAACCUAUAUCCAUGUAUACCCAUACUCAACAUAAUUAGAGAAAUGCAUUCAUGCUACCAGAACUAGCCUGAGGGUCUUCUCCCAUUUGAGAGGUUGGCUUUGAUAGAGAUAUUAGGUCAUAACUUGUAAGCGGUCAUUAUCUUUACUCUUAAACCAAAUGUAUGAUUGCUAGAUGUGUAGAGGCGAAGACAUUCAUGUUACCAUAUAUAUAUAUAUAGCUAAGAUUGGCACAGAGGUCCAGACCCGACCCUAGGGACUAACUCGUGGAAACAGUUGAGAUCUCCACCAUAUGCAAAAUUGCUGGGCGUGAAUUGGAAGAAUAAAAUCAUGUCCUUGGUGUCUUGCCUACCUACAGGGGUUAGGUCCUUCUUGUAGGUUGUAUUUAUAGUACACCGUUGAUAAACUGGUAUGGUAUUCAGCACUAUAAGACUCCUUGGUCUCUUGUUUAAUGGCCUAUCGGGCCUCUGAAAAAUUGCCCCCAACCCUCGUAAAAACAAUCAUUCAGAAGAAAAAUUGAUAUACAUCAUAUUUUUACCAAACAGUUUUUCUGAGAAAGGGUGUGGAUGAGGAACCUUGGUACGCAUUUCAGAUUAAAAACUGUUGAAAAUGAUUAGAUGCAAAUUAUUUUCUACUUUAAUUGUAUCAUCAGUAACAAGUACAAAAACAAUGGUACAUCACAUUCAAUAGCAGCUAAUUUUUCUUAUAAAAUAUUUAGCGUAGAACAUCAAACAUCGGUGUAUUAUAUACAAAGUGUAUUUUUUAGCUAAGAAUCAUGUUCAUUUAUUUUAUGUGUCUCAUUUGUUCACAGCGCUGUUUUAUUAUUAAACACCAUUGACUCGCUA